UCCGGCGGAGCGGCGGUAGCUUCCGGCCGGCCAGGCGCAGUGGAGGCUGAAGAGCGACGAGGCGGUCUCGCGUGCGGUGGGGGCGUGUCGGCGGGAAGGCGCGUGGCGGGAGCUUGCGGAGCCGGCCUGUGUGAGCACGCCUUCGUGGCGCAUAGAGCCCUACUACUCCCGACUCCCUGGGAUUUCUCUUUCCGAGCUGGCCAUGGAUGCUUCGACUCUGCCCCCCACACCCUCUUCUCCGAGGUGCAGCCCAGCCCCACGGACAAUCCACAUUGAGUUCCCCCAUCAUAGCUCUUCGCUGCUGGAAUCCCUGAACCGCCACAGGCUGGAGGGGAAGUUCUGUGAUGUGUCCCUCCUGGUUCAGGGCAGGGAACUUAGGGCUCACAAAGCGGUCUUGGCUGCUGCUUCUCCUUACUUCCAUGACAAGCUGCUUUUGGGGGAUGCGCCCCGACUCACUUUGCCGAGCGUCAUUGAGGCAGAUGCCUUCGAGGGACUGCUGCAGCUCAUUUACUCAGGGCGCCUCCGCCUGCCCCUGGAUGCUCUCCCUGCCCAUCUCCUUGUAGCCAGUGGCCUGCAGAUGUGGCAAGUAGUAGAUCAGUGCUCAGAGAUUCUUCGAGAACUUGAAACCUCAGGUGGUGGGAUAUCAGCUGGUGGAGGAGCCUCCUACCACACACUUCUUUCCACAACAUCUUCAGGAGGCUGGUGCAUUCGCUCUUCCCCUUUCCAGAACCCAGCUCAGCCCUCUGCUUCUACAGAGAGUUCUGCUUCCACCGAGAGCCCCACUGGAGGGGAGGGGAGUGAACUAGAGGAAGUGUUACAGAUUCGGGUGAAAGAAGAAGAGGAGGAGCAGGGGUCAGCAGCCCCACUCUUUCAGACUCCUCAACCUCAGAGACUGUCAGGAGGGUUUUCCCAAGCUUGUGGAUCCCACCCACCGCCUACAUCUGCUCUUCCCAGCAAGCCUCCAGAGGAUGAGAGUUCAACCCUUGAGCCUCCUGCCCCUCCUGUACGAGCUCCCCAAGUCUUAUAUGUUAAUCAGGAACCCCUUGAGUCUAAGGAGGAGACGUCGGGAGGUAGGACUCCGUCUGGAGGAGCGAAGGAGAGGACCACAGCACUCUCUGGAGGGGACUCUGAGGGAAAUGAGGAGCUAAGAUACUUGCUGUCCUCAGGAGGAGGGGAAUCAUCUGGGGCAGGAGACCCAUCCUGGAAACCAGUGGAUCUUCAUGGGAAUGAAAUCCUGUCAGGGGGUGGAGGACCUGGAGGAUCAGGGCAGGCUGUGCACGGGCCCGUGAAGCUAGGAGGGACACCCCCUGCAGAUGGAAAAUGCUUUGGCUGCCUGUGUGGAAAACGGUUUGCAGUAAAGCCAAAACGGGACCGGCACAUCAUGUUGACCUUCAGCCUUCGCCCCUUUGGAUGUGGCGUCUGUAAUAAACGCUUCAAGUUGAAGCACCAUCUGACCGAGCACAUGAAGACCCAUGCUAGAGCUCUGCAUGCGUGUCCCCAUUGUGGCCGUCGCUUUCGGGUCCACGCCUUUUACCUUCGCCACCGGGACUUGUGCAAGGGCCAGGGCUGGGCCACUGCCCACUGGACUUACAAAUGACUGCUCAUGCUCUCUCCUGACUGCUAGCAUAAGAUAGGUACUGCUGCUGAUGGAGUCUCCCCCCCACCUCAGUCCUGGACUGCGUAGGCAUCCCAAGAGAUUAUAUAUGUUAUGAACCCCUUACUCUUGGCUCUGAGCCUCACCCUGGUGUACUUGGAAGUUCAGGUUUCUCAAUCCAGCUAUUUGUUAAGCAGACUGUAGGAAAGUCAUACUUCUGAUCAUGUAACCUAAAUGACCCUUUUUGUAUUGCUAGCCAGUGAGGAAACCAUUGCCUUCAGAUAGGUUAGUGGGAGAAGAGUUGGGACAAAAUGACCCAGUAACUUGGACUUCAUCUUCCCCAGAAGGUCAGGGAGCUGGUGUCCAGCUAGGGAUGUGUUUGAUUCAGAGCUCAAGUCAUUGCCACACUAAGCUCUGAGCGCCCUCCCCAACAAUGUCAGCUGCUCUGUUUCUAUACUUCUUUUGCUCCUUCUUUCUAGAAGCUUUUUAGGUUGUACUUUGCUUUCUCACCAGUAGACACCUUCCCAAAUGUCCUUUUAAAAAUGUACUUGAGUAUGCAACAAGUAUGUGUGCACACAC